AGAUGUUCCCUUGCCAUAUGCAAUGACUAUCAUUACAACAUUGUUCACCUGGCUCAUUUGUUUCUUUUUGUGGUACGCUUCGCGUCGUUUUGAGAAGAAGAAGAUUCACUAUCCUAGUAGAAGACAACGGUUUGUGGAUUAUCUCAUUAAUGCACAGCGAUCGGAAAAAUUGGAACUACAUUCUCAACAACAAUUUGGAAAUAGACACUUGGGAUGUGACGAGUUGGUCAAGUCGGAGAAUCGGGAGAAAGCCAAAAGUACAAAGAAGAAAGAAAAGGUCAAGUCAGAGAAAAUGAAAAAAGCAACAGCAACCACUGGUGCUGGAUCAACUAUAGAUCAGAGUUCAAAGGAUCCCACAAGAACUACUAUGGCAUCUGAAAGAGGAAUGACAAUGACCCAGAGAGUCCAAAAAGAAAAAUCAAUUAAAAAGACGAACUCAGAACUGAAAGCUGCAGCUGACAAUCAGACGGUUACCCAGGGAAAUGACACGACAACUACGCAAGGACCAUCGUCACUGUUUCCUGCCGAUUUAUCCAAAAAAGACAGACUGAGAUUGCAAAAAGUUAAGGAGCGUGCGGUGGCAGCACCUGAAAAGAAGAAAACUAAAAAUAAAGAGUGAAAU